AUGGGCUCUGUCGGUGAAGAGUCGCUGAGCAUUUGUCGCUUCACAAUGGAGAAGCAGGUGGGUGGUGUCUUUGCCUGCUCUCUGGCCAUUGCGGCGGGUGCUGACGCCAGUGAGUGGGUGACCCUUCCUCCACGCCUCGGUAAUUGUGCCUCGAUGCGGGAGGCGUUUUCUGUAACUCUUCAGCGCACCGGCGAGGAAAGGGCAAACGUCAUGGUUGGCUUCGUUGUGGAGGUGCCGACGAUGCUGCCGCCAUGGCGUGGCGAAGUAGCGAAGGAAGAAUUCGAGCACCGCCUUGCCAUCGCAGAACUACGGGAGGAGGUGGCCUUGAGGGAGACUCGGUACGGCAGUUGCUCCAGCGGCUCUGAAUACGUGACGGUGCGCCUAGCCAGUCUUUGUGGCCUCUGUCGUGAGAAGCUGGGGGCCGAGGCGGAUUGCCGUGUUGCACGUGGUCGUCUGGCGGAGCUCGCGGCGGCGAAGCCAUUGGGCGCCGUUCCACCGUCUCUCUCGGGCCCCUGGCCCCCGGAGGUGACGCGCGUGCCGCGGGAGCCACGCGGGCGGGCACCGGCAAUGCCGCCCCCGCCGCAGUCGGCCUGCAAAAUGGGCACCAGCGAGCCCUCAGCGACGCCCCAACGGCCCGGCGGCGCAGCCAGUAUGUGGAGAGAGCUCACGGCGACUGACGGAAGGGCGUUGUACUACAACGUCGUCACCAACACAACCACGUCAGUGCGUCCGCGGCGGCGAUGA